GGCCAUGGCAGCCGAGGAGGAGGAGGACGUGGAGUGGGUGGUGGACACCAUCGCUGGCUUCUUGCGGGGGCCCGCCUGGUCCAUCCCCAUCCUGGAGUUCAUGGAGCACAACUGUGAGGUUUUUGAUGAUGAAGAAGAAAGCAAGUUGUCUUACACAGAAAUUUAUCAGGAGUACCAAGCUCUGGUGGAGAGAUUACUAGAGGACUACCUUAAAGAAGUUGGAAUUAAUGAGGAGAAAUUUCAAGAGGCUUUUUCUUCUCCUCUUGCAAAGACCCACACCUCCCAGGCCAUUCUGCAGACGGUGUUGGCAGCAGAAGAUUUUAGACUAUUUAAAAAAAUGAUGGUACAGAAAAAUAUUGAAAUGCAACUGCAAGCAAUUCGAAUCAUCAAAGAAAGAAAUGGUGUAUUGCCUGAGUGUUUGACAGAGGGUUCUGAUGUAUUCACUGAAAUUGAACAGGAAGAAAUGAAAAUGCUCAGGGAGGUUCUAAGAAAAUCUAAGGAAGAGUAUGAAAUAGAGCAAGAGCGAAAGAGGACUGAAGAAGCACGUGCUAAACUCAAAGCUCCAGAUGUUACCCACAAUUUUCCAGGAGAUUCAAGAGAUAGUGUUAAAGAGUCCACUGAGGGAGCUGAGGAUUCUGAAGAAACUCCAAAAUGCGCAUUAGAGGGAUCUCAUAAAUCUACAAAAGAAGACCCCAAACGAGUUUGCCCAGUACAAAAAGGAGCUGAAAACUUACCCCAGCCCUCUUGUACCAAGGGGAAAGAAGACACUAAGAAAAGGUCUGCUGGGAAAGGUUCAGAGAACACAGUGCAAAAAGCUGGGGUGAAAGGACCUAAUUUAUCAGAAACUGAAAAGCAGCAGCUGAAGCAACGUGAGGAUUACCUAAAGAAAAAACGGGAUCUGCUGCUGGCUACAAAGAAAGAGUCAAAAAAUAAUAUAUCAGCAACACCAAACACUGACCAGAAAGAGGAGAAAUCCCCUCCGAAAGAGGAAAUGCCAGAAGAGAAGCAAAGGCUGCUCCAGAAGAGGAAGAUGCUAGCAGAAAAGCUAAAAGAAGAAGUAAUUAAUAAGCGGUAGUUUUAAGAGGCUCAUUGCUGACCCUAAGAACAGAAGGAUGUUUUAGAAUAAGCUCUCAGUAACUGAAGGGAUUUCCAAUCUCACACUGGGAUUUAGAGAACUUUCAGAGAAGCAGCUCAGUACCUGGUAACUCCCUAUUACAAAUGCCACUGAACACACCAGGAACACUCGUUUUGAAGAGUGCUGGCAACUCCCUGACUGUCCCACAUCGAGGCUGUGCCAUCACUGCAGAGCACAGCCCUGCUUCAGCCCUAAGCCUGCAGAGCAGAAGCAGCCAUGGAGAGCUGGGAAGGGAAUCCCUGUGGCAACAGCUCCGAGCCCAGCAUUUGAACUUCUUCAUUGGAACAGUGCAGAACUUGGUUCCUUUCAUUAGCCAGUUAUAAACAAAUGGC